GCCCCCUUCUCCCAGCUGAGCCAAUCAGAGGCCGCCCUGCAGCCUUUCCCCCAAGGUGGGGGGGCAGCCAAGCCCACAGUGGUGUGAGCUCCCAGGGCAGCCAGCAGCCCGCAGUCCCUGCCCACCCCGUCUGGGACCCAGGACCGUUUUGUGAGCCACUUGGAGCCCGAGAGGAGGAGGGACUAGGAGGAGGGAGCCGGGCCCCCCUGACCAGCGCCACCAGGCAGCAGCCAGACCAGGGCGGCCCUUCCUGGCAGCCCGGCUGCUCCAGAAGGAUGCUUUCGGAGUGAGGCCACUCCUCACCCCUGCAGCCCCCGACUCCCUCGGUUCUCCCGGGGCUCCGGGAGCCUGCAGCUGUCCUCACGGCCUCCCUGCCCGCUGCUGCCCCAUUUCGGGUCCAGCAACGUCUUUCUUGUAACAGCAGAGGGUAGGCGGUGUGGAGGUCUUCCUGGAGGGGGCGGCAGCCAGAGCCCAGGACCCUGCCCACACCGCAGGAGGCAUCAGCAGCAAGGACACCAUGCAGCUUCCGAGGGCCGUGCCAGCUUCUGUCCUCAUAGGCCAGGUGCUGCUGCUGCCUCCGCUGAUGCUGCUGGGACCACAGGCCUCCUGGGGCCUGGUCGUCACGCCCCCGGGGCCAGAGCUGGUCCUCAAUCUCUCCAGCACCUUUGUGCUCACCUGCUCGGGUCCAGCGCCGGUGGUGUGGGAACGCAUGUCCCAGAAGCCCCCGCAGGAGAUGACCGAAACCCAGGACGGCACGUUCUCCAGCAUGCUUACACUGGCCAAUGUCACUGGGCUGGACACCGGAGAAUACUUUUGUACCUACAAAGGCUCCCCCGGGCUGGAGGCCAGCGAGCGGAAACGGCUAUACAUCUUCGUGCCAGAUCCUGCCGUGGGCUUUCUCCCUGUUGACCCCGAGGAACUGUUCAUCUUUCUCACGGAAAUAACGGAGACCACAAUUCCAUGCCGAGUGACGGACCCGAGACUGGUGGUGACGCUGCACGAGAAGAAGGUGGACGUCCCGCUGCCCAUCUCCUAUGACCACCAGCGUGGCUUUUCUGGGACCUUUGAGGACAAGACCUACGUCUGCAAAACCACCAUCGGGGACAGGGAAGUGGAUUCCGACGCCUACUAUGUCUACAGCCUCCAGGUGUCGUCCAUCAACGUCUCGGUGGGCGCCGUGCAGACCGUGGUCCGCCAGGGCGAGAACAUCACUGUCAUGUGCAUCGUGACGGGCAACGAGGUCGUCAACUUCGAGUGGACGUACCCACGCCUGGAGACUGGGCGGCUGGUGGAGCCAGUGACGGACUUCCUCUUUGAGAUGCCCCACAUUCGUUCUAUCCUGCACAUCCCCAGUGCCGAGCUGGGGGACUCGGGGACCUACAUCUGCAACGUAUCGGAGAGCGUGAGCGACCAUCGAGACGAAAAGGCCAUCAAUGUCACAGUCGUCGAGAGCGGCUACGUGCGGCUGCUUGGAGAGCUGGACGCCGUGCAAUUUGCGGAGCUGCACCGCAGCCGGACGCUGCAGGUGGUGUUCGAGGCCUACCCGCCACCCACUGUCAUAUGGUUCAAGGACAACCGGACCCUGGGUGACUCCGGCGCGGGCGAGAUCGCGCUGUCCACGCGCAAUGUGUCUGAGACCCGGUAUGUGUCAGAACUGACACUGGUGCGGGUGAAGGUGGCCGAGGCUGGCCGCUACACCAUGCGCGCCUUCCACGAGGACGCCGAGGCCCAGAUCUCCUUCCAGCUGCAGGUCAAUGUGCCCGUCCGUGUGCUGGAGCUGAGCGAGAGCCACCCCGCCAGUGGCGAGCAGACAGUCCGCUGUCGUGGCCGAGGCAUGCCCCAGCCUCACCUCACCUGGUCCACCUGCAGCGACCUCAAAAGGUGUCCGCGCGAGCUGCCACCCACGCCGCUGGGGAACAGCUCGGAGGAGGAGAGCCAGCUGGAGACCAACGUGACCUACUGGCCGCAGGAGCAGGAGUUCGAGGUGGUGAGCACACUGCGCCUGCGCCGCGUGGAUCAGCCGCUCUCCGUGCGCUGCACGCUGCACAACCUGCUGGGCCACGACGCGCAGGAGGUCACCGUGGUGCCGCACUCCCUGCCCUUCCAGGUGGUGGUGAUCUCGGCGGUCCUGGCGCUGGUUGUCCUCACUGUCAUCUCCCUCGUCAUCCUCAUCAUGCUCUGGCAGAAGAAGCCGCGCUACGAGAUCCGGUGGAAAGUGAUCGAAUCCGUGAGCUCUGACGGCCACGAGUACAUUUAUGUGGACCCCAUGCAGCUGCCGUACGACUCCACCUGGGAGCUGCCACGGGACCAGCUCGUGCUUGGACGCACCCUGGGCUCUGGGGCCUUUGGUCAGGUGGUGGAGGCCACGGCUCACGGCCUGAGCCAUUCUCAGGCUACCAUGAAAGUGGCCGUCAAGAUGCUGAAAUCCACGGCGCGCAGCAGUGAGAAGCAAGCCCUCAUGUCGGAGCUGAAAAUCCUGAGUCAUCUCGGGCCUCAUCUGAACGUGGUCAACCUGCUGGGGGCCUGCACUAAAGGAGGUCCCAUCUACAUCAUCACCGAGUACUGCCGCUACGGCGACCUGGUGGACUUCCUGCACCGCAACAAGCACACCUUCCUGCAGCGCUGCUCCGACAAGCGCCGGCCACCCAGCGCCGAGCUCUACAGCAACGCCCUGCCCGUCGGGCUCCCGCUGCCCAGCCACGUGGCCCUGCCCGGGGAGAGCGAUGGCGGCUACAUGGACAUGAGCAAGGAUGAGUCGGUGGACUACGUGCCCAUGCUGGACAUGCGGGGGGACGUCAAGUACGCCGACAUCCAGCCCUCCGGCUACAUGGCUCCUUAUGAUAACUGCGUCCCCUCGGCUCCCGAGAGGACCUGCCGGCCGACUCUGAUCAACGAGUCCCCGGUGCUGAGCUACACGGAUCUCGUGGGCUUCAGCUACCAGGUGGCCAAUGGCAUGGAGUUCCUGGCCUCCAAGAACUGCGUCCACCGAGACCUGGCGGCCAGGAACGUGCUCAUCUGCGAGGGCAAGCUGGUCAAGAUCUGCGACUUCGGCCUGGCCCGUGACAUCAUGCGGGACUCCAACUACAUCUCCAAGGGCAGCACCUUCCUGCCUCUGAAGUGGAUGGCCCCCGAGAGCAUCUUCAACAGCCUCUACACCACCCUGAGCGACGUGUGGUCCUUCGGGAUCCUGCUCUGGGAGAUCUUCACCCUGGGUGGCACCCCGUACCCAGAGCUGCCCAUGAACGAGCAGUUCUACAACGCCAUCAAGCGGGGCUACCGCAUGGCGCAGCCUGCCCACGCCUCGGAUGAGAUCUAUGAGAUCAUGCAGAAGUGCUGGGAAGAGAAGUUUGAGAUUCGGCCCCCCUUCUCCCAGCUGGUGCUGCUUCUUGAGAGACUCCUGGGCGAGGGUUACAAAAAGAAGUACCAGCAGGUGGAUGAGGAGUUUCUGAGGAGCGACCACCCAGCUGUGCUCCGGUCCCAAGCCCGCCUGCCCGGCUUCCCUGGGCUGCGAUCCCCCCUGGACAGCAGCCCCGUCCUCUACACGGCCGUGCAGCCCAACGAGGGUGACAACGACUACAUCAUCCCCCUGCCCGACCCCAAGCCCGAGGCGGCCGACGAGGGCCCGCUGGAGGGCGCCCCCAGCCUGGCCAGCUCCACCCUGAAUGAAGUCAACACCGCCUCCACCAUCUCCUGUGACAGCCCCCUGGAGCCCCAAGAGGAGCCAGAGCCAGAGCCGCAGCCUGAACCCCAGGGGGAGCUGGAGCCAGAGCCAGAGCGGCCACUGGAGGCAGGCUGCCCCGGGCCCCGGGCCGAGGCGGAGGACAGCUUCCUCUAGGGGCCGGUCCCCCGCCCUGUCCAAAGCCCCCCUCUGCCGCCCAGCACCCCAUGCCUCCCGGCCUGGCCUGCCCCCCACCAGCUGUCCCCUCCUGAAAGCUUUUGCUCGUCGCACCCCAACCCCGGGGCUGGCUUAGGAGGCAGCAGAGCAGGAGGGGCCGUGGCCAGUCCUCUGCCUCUGGGGAGCCCGUGUGACUCUGAGCCAGGAUGCUCCCGGGGGACUCGGUGUUCUCAUCUGUAAGAUGGGAGAGGUGGGCCGGGCAAGCACGGUGCGACCCUUGCUCCCCGGCUGCCAGGUGCGGAGGCUGGGCUCCCCGGGGAGACGCUCGGUUCAUGAGGUGAGCUGCCAGCUGCCCCCAAGCCUCGCACUUUUAUCUGCCAGGAGCCGGGCAGGGACCCCGGCCUCUCUGGGGCCUGGCCUUGGACAGCGUUGCCUUAGGCAGAAGCCACCUCCCUCAGUGCUUUCCGGGCCCGAGCUGGACUGGGGCCUUCCGUGCUUGCUUAACCCCCGGGCUCGAGCCGAGUACAGGACCCUGCCCCGGGCGCUCGAGGGGCGCCUCCCCUCAGGCGGUACCUGUGUCCGCGUCUGCCAGGCCCCGGAGCCCAGGGGUCUUGGUCCUCGUCACUGCCAGUCUUCCUCCCCCCUCCCGGAGUCUCCAGGGCCACGCGGGCGCGCGUCUGUGACGGGGGACUGCAAGAGACACCCACACGCGUGGGCUGGUACGUGGGCCAGUGUGGACCGGGCCCGCCUGCCGCCUUGGAGGAAGCCCUGCCCCUCUCUGGGCCUGUUUUCUCUGUUGAAGAAUGAACUGGUUGGACUUGCUGACGUCUGGGGCCCUGCCAGCACGAACAUUCGAGAACAUUCCAGGGCUUGUACACUUGCCCAGGUGAAGCAAGACCAAACACCCCAAACCUGUCUCCCAGGGGUCAGCCGGGGUCUGGGGAGACUCCAGACCCCCACAUCACACUCCGAGCAUUCAGGAACUGUGACCCUUCUCCAGGCCCCUGGCAAGUCCCAAAAGACCAGCUGCUCGGGCCUUGACUCUAUGACAGCCGGCGUCCUGGAACGCCUCCGGCAGCUGCCCCAGGAACACGGGGAGACCACGGGGCCCCUCGCAGCGCCCACAUGGCCUCUGGAGCUCUGCCGGGCAAGGAGGCAGAGUCAGCAAAUCAGACCGUCGGGCAUGGCCCAACAGCCCAGCACCUGCCGUCCAGGUCUGUGCCCUGGACCUAAAGGACAGAGAAAGGGCAAGAAGCCUUGGAUGGGGGACCUGAGAAAGGGGCGCAAGAGGUGGGGUUGCCUUCCCACCCGCCAGCUGCCCCGUCCUGAGGCCGGAAGCAUGGGAGGGGCUUUGUCUGCCCAGGGGGAGUGGGCGCUGUGGCCAAGGCCAGGGGCAGGGGAGGGCCGGAUGCAGGUGAGGGGAGGCCAGCGCCUCUGGACACCAGCCCCCUGUGCUGGUUGGCAGCCCUGAAGCCUGGUCCGGGAGAGGGUGUGGGCUCUCACCACCGUACCAAAGAUGUAAUCACCUAGGUUUACAAGUAUUUUUAGGACUCACAUAACUCACAUUUAUACAACAGAAGUGCUAUUUUGUACGCCAUCAAAUUUGCCUCUCUGUGUACUUUUUUUUAAGAGAAAGAUUUUAAUAUUAAACUGGUGCUUCUCACUCA